GCGUUAUUUUUGGAAAACAAGUUUUGAGAAAUUGGUUACCUUAUUCUCUCGAAAAACAGUUAGUCAGCCUAUAGUUUAAUUCAGAUAGAACUAUAUUUCUUACAUGUUGCGCCAGGUGGCGAUAUAUUUCCCAUGUGAUGCUCACAUUCCUUCACAUCUUCUGAGGGGAGAAAAAAAGAGGAUGAAUCAAAGCACGGAGUCAUGCAGGCUGGAUGAGGAAUCAGAUGACCUCAAACUUUGCCGAAGAAUCACACGAAGAAAGCAGGGGGAAGAUGCCAAUUUGGAGAUAUAACAGUUUGUUGAAGACAUACAACAUUGGGUUUAAAAGUCACUCCAUGCCUUCACCUAAAUUGUAUGUGGAUGUUUUCAAGCGCGAGGACUGACGAAACGUUUCUGAGCAACCGUUUUCAUCAUGGGCGACUGGAGUGCUUUAGGGAAACUCCUUGACAAGGUCCAGGCGUACUCCACAGCGGGAGGUAAAGUCUGGCUUUCUGUGCUCUUCAUCUUCCGGAUACUCGUUCUGGGAACAGCGGUGGAAUCGGCUUGGGGCGACGAGCAGUCGGCCUUCAAGUGCAACACGCUUCAGCCCGGCUGCGAGAACGUCUGCUAUGACGACUCAUUUCCCAUCUCGCACGUGCGCUUUUGGGUGUUGCAGAUCAUCUUCGUUUCCAUGCCAACGCUACUCUACCUCAGCCACGUCCUCUACCUCAUCAACAAGGAGGAGAAACUCCUAAAGAAAGAGGACAACCUGAAGGCAAUCAGGAACCAAGGCGGAGACGUGGACGCACUGCUUCAGAAAAUUCAACAGAGGAAGUUUAAGUAUGGCCUUGAGGUGCACGGAAAGAUUAAAAUGAGAGGGGGACUCCUUUACACUUACAUUGUGAGCAUCAUCCUCAAGUCUGUUUUCGAAGUCGCUUUCUUAGUGAUCCAGUGGUAUCUUUACGGAUUCCGCCUCAGUGCGGUCUACACCUGUGAGCGAUUCCCCUGCCCCCACAAGAUAGACUGCUUCCUCUCAAGGCCUACAGAGAAGACCAUCUUCAUCAUGUUCAUGUUGGUGGUUUCGCUCGUGUCGCUCGGCCUCAAUGUCAUCGAGUUCUUCUACGUCCUGUUCAAGAGGAUGAAAGACCAGGCCAAGGAGAGGGCCGUGACUCAGCUCCAGCGCAGCAGCAGCAGCCACCACCACCACCACCUGAAGCCACCGAGCAUGAACGAGAUGCCGCCUCCCUCCAGCUACGUCUACUACAACGACUGCUCAGCGCCCCCCAUGGCCAUGGACAACCACCUGGAGUACAACCUCAACCAGGCGUCGGUGGACAAAAACAACUCCUGCGAGAUCUACACCAAGCAGGCCAACGCUCAGAACUGGUCCAACUACAGCACGGAGCAGAACCAGCUGGGGCAGCAGAACAAGGUGCCCACGUACCCGUCCUGCCCGACCCAGGACUUCCAGCACCACUACACGGAGAAGGUGGCGCCGGGUAAAGACCUGCCGGGCCUCCUGAAGCAGCUGGACCAGCGACCUAGCAGCCGGGCGAGCAGUCGAGCGCGGCCAGAUGAUCUUGACAUCUAGCCGGAGAUCCCAGACAUGGGGGUGCAAUGGGACAGCAUCAUGUGAACGUCACGUGGGUGUGUGUGUGUGUGUGUGUGUGUGUGUGUGUGUGUGUGUGUGUGUGUGUCCACAGAGGCAGCACAAACCGGGUGAAGAAAGCAAAAGUAGUCUACCUGCUAUGUAAUGAUUCCUUUCCUUUGUGCUCCAAGCACAACUGCCUAAGUAGGUCAAUCUACCUAGCCAAAGACUUGUUCUUAUUGGGAUGUUGUUACUACAACUCAGUGAACUGGCUGAAAGAAAUGUGUAGCAGGAUAUUUGUUUUUUUUUUCUUUUUCUACAUUUACCUGGGAUGUGUGCCUUUGGGUCCGCUCCACACUACUGGCGAGCCUAAAAGCCUAGGCCUUGGCCUGUGCCUAGGUAGCCUACCAGGCGAUGCCAUUUUACUCUUCACAGAUGUGAAGUGAUGUGCCAAAAAACUCUUCAGCUACAUUCCAGUCGGAGAGAGAGAGAGAGAGAGAGAGAGAGAGAGAGAGACGAGUGGACGAGAGAGUGAGAACAAGAGAGAGACUCAGGCGAGCCUGUUAGAAUGCAAAAUAAGCACUAGGUGCCUUGAAUUCUUGUCUACAGUACAGUACCACUCGUGCCAGUAAAUUCAAGUGCUGUUUUUGCAGUCACUUUGUGCUACGCUAUGGUUUACCAAGUGCCUUUUUAGAGUGUGAAUGAUGCACGAGUGACAAAACAAUUAUGAUUUACAACUUGUUUGUUUCUUGCCUUGGUUUUUGUCGACCUCAGGCGAGCAUUCUUCUUUUCUUUUAUGAUGUCAAGAGCUGUAAUAUAUAUUGCUGGAAAGUCGUGAGCUAGUUUCUCAAAAGAAAAAGUGCUAGUACACAGAUGCAAGAGUGGAUGAUGUUAUACUAUGUGUGUAAAUAUUGUUUAAGAGGUGGAUAAACUGCAUCCCUGAACGUUUUAGGUUUGUUAAAACUCUGGGUAACUUUUUAAGGGGCCCUCAAUGACAGUGCACUUACUCAUUUGAUGCAGUGGAAUAACUGGUGUGAUAACUAUUACUGUGAUAGCUAUUACAUCAUAUAUAUAUUUGUGUAUCUAUAUACCAUAAUGACAAUUGUGACCAUAAUGUACUAUGAAGUGGUUUUAUAACACUUUGCCAAAGUGAUGAAUUCUUCCACGGAGGCAAAGGGCUUAACUGAACCUCAAGGCACCUUUGGUAUGUAGAUACACAAAAUAAACCCUGUGUAAACAGUUGUACUUACAUGUUAGUACACCACUUAGUUAUUUCACUGCACCUAUUGGGUGAGUACACUGUAAUUAAAGGCCCCUUAAAAUAAAGUGUUACCAAACUCGGUUUACUGCCCUCCGUGGACUGUGUCUAAAAUGCACACUCAUUCACUUCAGCGCCCUUUUGAUUUUUUAAAACUGAAGUUGGGUUGUUUUGAAUGACUCGACAUGUUCUCAACGUUGGCAUUGUUAUUAUAACAGGUAUGGUACGUGUUUGUUUUGUUAACAGCAAUGUUUGCACUGAUGUUGAUGUUUUUUUUUUUAUCUAAUAUUUUAUAUAAAGAGUUUACAUGUGACAAGACAUUUGGCAAGAUCUCUGCCUGUUAGUGAAUGCUAAAGGGUGUUCAGGGGUGUCUGUGCACAUCAGCCUUUGGCCCGAGUUCUGUUCAUUGCUUUACUCCAAAAGCUGCGCUCGUCAGCGAGGCACAGGAAUUAAGAGAUUUUGAAGUCCUAUUUACCUAAAUUAAAGUUGGUUAAACAUG